CUGUCAUCUCACUUCCACACUGCCUUCCAACCCAGCCACACAUCUCUGUGACUCUAAACACCAGGCGGGGGAUUUCCGAGAUUCCUCCCACACGGAGGAAGUACUCCCCACCCGACCCCCAAUCCAUGUAACUCCUCCGGAUCCCACAACAGGAUCAAAGCCAACAUUUCUCGCCUCCGUUUGCUCGAAUCGGAUCAAGAAGAGGUGAAUCCGAUCUAAGGCUGCUGAUGCAGGAUCGAACAGGACCACUUCACGAGUUACACCCGGGAGGAUCGUCUGUCAUAUCCCCAAGCUUGCAGCUGAUGUGAUGCUGGGAGGACGCUUCAGAAUGAUGAUGAAAACCAUCCUACUGCUGCUCCUUAGCAUCCCCCAGGGAGUUGCCUACUCAUGGUGGAAGGUCCAAACACCACAGAUCAUCAUAGCCUCAGAUGGUUCCUGUGUGCAGAUCCCCUGCACCUUCUCUCAUCCCGCAAACUAUCCACUCGCUGAGGUGAAGUGGUUGAAGGACAACAAGACUCAUGGGACCCUUGUCAUCGAUUCCAAAAAGCAAUCAGACCCUCAGUUCCACCAGAGAGCUAAACUCUACCCACAGUGGGAAGCCCAGAAAGACUGCACGUUAACUAUUACUGAUGUGACCCAUAGGGAUGCGGGCCGGUACUACUUCCGAAUGCAGAACAACAAUCGUGAGAAGUUUUCCGGACCGGAUGGAGUCCUGGUAAAUGUAUCAGAUGUGUCAAACUUGUCAAUUGUUUCCGCACCUGAGGAGAUCAUCGAGGGAAUGGAGGUGACAUUAACUUGCUCUGUGAAAUACGGCUGCCCAGGUCACCUGACAUGGACAGGUUCAGACAGAUUAGCUGAACAAACUUCAACAGAACCUCAGCGCAGGGACCAGAACGUCGCGACAACCAGCCUCACUCUGAGCUUUGUCGCUUCCUACCGGGACCACGGCAGGACACUGAGUUGUGAGCAAAGGUCCUCACUGGGAAAAUCUCUGUCCCAAACUAUCACCUUAAACGUGAAGUAUGCUCCCAGGUUUGUUCACCUCACCCUCUCUCCCUUCAAGACCAUCGGUUUCCGUGAUUCUGUGACAUUGGAGUGUGUAGUCGGGGACAGUAACCCUCCAGUAACAAGCUACAGAUGGUAUCAGUCAAGUGGUGCAAAUUCCAAGAUUGAGGAAACAUCAAGUGGAACAUAUCGGCUCUACUAUGCUGAUAGAGACACGGAGUACGGAUGUGAAGCCAUCCACUCAAUAGAAAAAGCCACCUCUGAGAGAACUAAACUGCCGGUGUAUGGGAGUUAUAGCUGGGCAGUGUGGACCCCCCUCUCACUCCAUGCCCGGGAAGGGUCUUGUGUGAUAAUUCCCUGCCUGUUCCACAUUCCUGCAACCGAAAGGAGAUACACAACGGCCACUGGGAUCUGGUUCAAAGACUUCAAUUACAAAGGGACUCCAGUGUAUCACACCUCCUCUGGAAUCGGUGGUAAUUAUACAGGACGGGUCGAGUUCCUGGGACACAUGCAGAGUGAAAACUGUUCAUUGAAGAUCAGGAAUUUAAAAGAAUCCGAUGGUGGGAAGUAUUAUUUCCGGAUUGAAGCAUCGGCAGAUAAAUGGUCAGAUCCAAUCGGGUUCACACUCCUGAUAUCUAGGAGUCUGGAGAAACCGGUGAUCAAGGUACCUGAGCGUGUGGUGGAGGGAGAAGCCGUAUCUCUGACCUGCUCUGUUCACUCUUACUGCCCUGAGGACAAUCCUGUGUUUGAGUGGCACCUCCCUGGUUUCAACAUUCCUCAGCUGACUGGGAAAGUAUCCCAAGUUUUCCAGGAUUACCACUGGAUUUAUUCCCACACUGUGGUGUACACACCAAUGCUCGAGAAUUCCCACCAGUCAGUGAAGUGUGUGGCCAACUUUGGACCCCAAACACUGUCACGAGAAACAGAGAUCUCACUGGAUGUGAAGAAUCCUCCUCGAAACGUCACCAUCUCACUGUCAGUAAACUGGCGAACAGACACUCAGAAUAUUAAGGAAGGGGAUAGAGUUGUCCUCAAUUGUAACUCUGCCCCAGCUCGCCCGGCAGUCAAUGAGUACACCUGGUACAGAGAUGGAACUGAACUCUGGGGACAGAGGAGUGGCAGCCUCCAGUUUUCACCAAUAUCUCACACCGAUUACGGGACGUAUGCCUGUCAGGCUUCCAAUGAAGUGGGGAACAGCAGGUCAGCGGAAUUCACAGUGACGGGCAAGACUCGACCUCUGGGCGUUCGCAUUGAGUACCACGUCAAUGGCAAACAGACCAGACAGACCAGACCAGUUAUGAGAGAGAAUGAUCUGCUGACUCUGACCUGUGUCAGCACCAAGAGUGACCCACCGGUCUCCCAUUACUCCUGGUUACAAAAUGGCCAGAUUGAGAAGAGCCAAAAUCAGGAACUGCGGUUUGACAGGAUUAACCGAGAAGAGGACGGCAAGAGAUAUCAAUGUCAGGCUCAUAAUGAGAUUGGAACAACAAGCUCAGAGACCAUCACCAUCCACGUACAGUAUGCUCCCACCAACGUGAGAAUCACAUCUCCCACUGCUGCUCCUGUUGGUCAGUCCAUCACACUGUGGUGUGAAUCUGAUGCCAACCCAGCACCGUACAACUACAGCUGGAGGAAGGUGUGUGGCUCUUCAUCAGUUAAUCUGCAAUGUUAUUCUCAGAAUUAUAGACUGUGGAUUACACGGGCAGACAUCUCCUGUGAUUAUUACUGCACUGUGAGGAAUUCCAUCGGUGAAAGGGAAUCUCCACCUAAACGCAUCAAUGUACAGUACGCUCCCACCAAUGUGCACAUCACAUCUCCCGAUGCUGCUCCUGUUGGUCAGUACAUCACACUGUCGUGUGAAUCUGAAGCCAACCCAGCAGCGAACUAUUUCAGCUGGAGGAAGGUGUGUGGCUCCCAGUCAAGAAAUCUGUGGAGAAAUAAUGGAAAAUACGGAUUGAAUCUUCAAAUGGAGGACGCCUCCUGUGACUAUCACUGCUCCGCGAGGAAUUCCAUCGGUGAACAGGAGUCUCCAGGCAAGCGCAUCGAUGUUCAGUAUAAACCCGAGGAUGUGAAAAUCCUGUCCAGUGAUUCUGUGGUCGAGGGAUCACAGGUUACGUUACGAUGUGAGAGUGUCGGGGAUCCACCUGCAGACACCUACCAGUGGAAGAAGGUGUGUUCUGGGAUGGAGAUGAGACUCGAAGGAUCCACGCGUGAGCUUCAGAUCCGGGUCUCAACCGAGGAUCAGUCCUGUGCCUAUUAUUGCAGAGCUGGGAAUGUGAUUGGAGAUCAGGAAUCUGAACCCAAACGCUUUAACGUUCAGUGGAGUUACAGGAAAAAGGUCACCGUAACGAUAACAACCAUCAUCAUCAUCAUUAUCCUGAUCGUAAUCAUCAUUGGAAUCCUUUAUUUCAGACACCUCAGCAGGAAGAAACGGCUUGAAUCCUUCAGGCAGUGGAGCACAGAUGCCACCAAUGUGGUCUACAGCGUGGUCAACAAACCCAAGCCCAAGGAGACAUUGGUGUAUGAGAACAUGGUGCUGACUGAGAAUGCCCGCUCCAAUGGACAGUCCACCCCAGAGGAAGGAAUCCACGCCUCUGUCACCUUCCAGCAUGGAUCCCACCACAACGCGAGUGACUCAUACACAGAGCUGGCUUGCUCGGUGGAAUGAGUCUCUGGCUGAAUGUACUCCUGUGCCCACCCAGUACAUUAUGUAGUGGAUGGGAGACAUUGACCAAGAUGGCAUGCAACUUGGACAGCAUCCUCUUUUCAGACACCACCGUGAGAAAGUCCAGUUCCAUCCCUACAACAUCACUGGCCUUACGAAUGAGUUUGUUGAUUCUGUUGGUUUCUGCUACCCUCAGCCUCCUGCCCCAGCACACAACAACAAACAAGAUAGCACUGGCCACCACAGACUUGUAGAACAUCCUCAGCAUCGUCCAGCAGAUGUUAAAGGACCUCAGUCUCCUCAGGAAAUAGAGACGGCUCUGACCCUUCUUGUAGACAGCCUUAGUGUUCUUUGACCAGUCCAGUUUAUUGUCGAUUCAUAUCCCCAGGUAUUUGUAAUCCUCCACCAUGUCCACACUGACCCUCUGGAUGGAAACAGGGGUCACCGGUACCUUAGCUCUCCUCAGGUCUACCACCAGCUCCUUAGUCUUUUUCACAUUAAGUUGCAGAUAAUUCUGCUCACACCAUGUGACAAAGUUUCCUACCGUAGACCUGGACUCAGCCUCAUCUCCCUUGCUGAUGCAUCCAACAAUGGCAGAGUCAUCAGAAAACUUCUGAAGAUGACAAGACUCUGUGCAGUAGUUGAAGUCCGAGGUAUAAAUGGUGAAGAGAAAGAGAGACAAGAGAGUCCCCUGUGGAGCCCCGGUGCUAUCUAGUACUGUCUAUGGUAGUAGCUAUCCAGCUCUCAACAAAACUCACUCAGGUGUAGCACCCUAACUGCCCCUGCACAGCAUCCAUUUAACAGCUUUUCCUGUUCUCCUUGUUCUGUUGAUAAUUGUCGAGUCUGUUUAUAUGUUCACAUUUAUUUAAGUUUGAUUAUUGACAUUUGCACCGAUUGUUGAUUCCUCAUGGUUGUUUGCACUAUUGUCUUGUAAACUGUUGGUUGCUAUUGUGUUGUCUGUUAUGAUAUUGUCCUGUGUUUUAUGUUUGGCACUGGACCACAAUCAGUUCUGGUGUUUCACAUACUGGCAAUGAAGUGAAUCUGAUUCUGAAAAGGUGCUUGGGAAGUUGAAAGGUCUGAAGAUCGAUACGUCACCUGAAUCACAUGACAUUUAUUUCACAUAUUGAAUUGAAUUGACUUUAUUUCUCACAUCCUUCAUAUACAUGAGGAGUAAAAAUCUUUACAUUACAGCAAUUUAUAAUAAAUAGUAUGUUCAACAGGACAGUCAAUAUAACAUAUAAAUAGUUGUGUCAGCAUGAAUUAAUCAGUCUGAUGGCCUGGUGGAAGAAGCCUGUCGGUGCUGGCUUUUAUGCUACAGUACUGCUUCCCAGAUGGCAGCAGCUGGAACAGUUUGUGCUUGCGGUGACUCAGGUCCCCAAUGAUCCUCCAGGCCAUUUUUACACACCUGUUUCUGUAAAUGUUCUGAAUAGUGGGAAGUUCACAUCUACAGAUGUACUGCUGUCCGCACCACUCUCUGCAGAGUCCUGCGAUUGAGGGAGGUACAGAUCCCAUACCAGGCAGCAGUGCAGCCAGUCAGGAUGCUCUCAAUUGUUCCCCUGUAGAAAAUUCUUAGGAUGUGGGGCCCAUACCAAACUGUCAACUGUCUGAGGUGGAAGAGGCGCAGUUGUGCUUUUUUCACUACUUUGUAAGGCUUUGGUUGGUCAGAACACAUCUGGAGAAUUGUGAGCUGUCUGUGUUGACAUUGGAAAGGGUCCAGAGGAGGAUCAUUAGAAUUAUCCAGAGAACGAAAGGUUUAUGUAUGAGGAGCCUUUGAUGGCUCUGGGCCUGAACUCGCUGGAAAUUAGAAGAAUGAAGGUGUGGGGGUGAGUCUCAUUGAACAUUGCAAGGCCUAGAAGAAUAGAUAUGCAGAGGAUGUUCCUUAUAGUGGGGGAGGGAGGGAGUCUGGGAGCAGUGGGCACAGCCUCAGAAUGGAAGGAUGUUCCUUUAGAACAGAAAUUUUAGGCAGUGCUUGGUGAAUCUGUGAAGUUCCUUGCCACAGACAGCUGUGGAAGCUAGGUUAUGGGAUACAUUACGGGGAGAAGGGAUGAUAAUGGGGUCAAGAGGGAUAAAUUAGACAUGUUUGAUUGACGUGAUGAGCCAAAAGGCCUAAUUCUGCUCCCACGUUUUACGGCCAUAUGAUCUACGCUGUAUUAUCUGCCCACCCCUCCCUCCCUGGGUUGAGUUAGUCCAUGCAUUCCACAUCUGCUACAUUACCUGACCCUCAUCUAUAGGUCAGCAGUGUUAUGGGACACUCGGCGAUUCCCUGGGUGGGGUUAGUCCAUGGAGUCCGCAUCUAUCACACUACCCGGCCCCCGUCUACGGACACUAUGACAGCCCGGGGCGUCGGAGCUCGGAGUUCAGUUCCGGUGCAAUCUGUAAGAAGUCUGUACGCCCUCCCUAUGGAGCACAUGGGUUUUCUCCGGGUUCUCGGAUUUCUCCCGCAGUCCAAACACCUUACCGGGUAGGUUAAUUGGUCAUUUUAAAUUGUCCUGUGAUGAGGUAAAUCGGCAAAGUCGGGUGGGGUGGGGGGGGCGGCGGCUUGAAGGGUCUACUCCGCCCUGUAUCUCAACACAGAUAAAGUCCUGAGUGUGAUGGAACUCUCGCCGCUUCCCAGGGAGGGUAGGGGCUGCAGAGACGGUGACGGAUGUGCUGGCCGGACGGAAUCACAGCGACAGGUAGGGAGGGGCGCUGGACCGGGAAGAUGUAGGUGAGCGAACCUUCAAGCGAAUUGAGCCUCGGUAAUGUGUCUGGGUGGGGCAAGAACUUCGCCGUUCAUUUCCCGUGUAUUUUCCAGGCCGUCGGGGUCGAAGAAUACAAAGACCAAGAUCCAGGGUGAGCCCAAUGUGGUUUACAGCCAAGUCCGUGUGCGG